AUGGCACUUGAACCAGUAGUAAUUAGUCUUCGCAGAGCAACAUCAGAUAAAUCCUGGGGAUUUGUAUUACAAGGUGGUGUUGAUCAAGGCUUGCCAGUAUUUGUCCAUAAAGUUACACGUAAUGGAAUAGCUCAUAAGUCUGGACUCGAACCUGGAGAUGUAAUAUUGAAAAUAUGCGCAACUCCGAUCACUGGGAUGAUACAUGCCCAAGUGAAAGCUGAAAUUUUAAGAGCUGGUAACGAUUUGGAUUUUAUGGUUAAAAAACGUGAUUUCAAUGUAGUUGCUUAUAAUCAAACAAUGCAACAAAUUGCUGCUUCUAAUCGACCAAUUGAUGUCGCUUCAAAUUCACCUGAACCACGUGCUGAAAUAGUUGAAGAACAUUUAUGGCGACAUGGUGGUCCAACAUUUAAAAAUGUUCAACCAAAAUCAUAUAAAAUCCUUGAACAACAAUUACCGCAAUCAAGUAUGGGAGGUCCUGCACCGGGUUCUGUAUUCGAUCGUAGUAUGGAUGAACGAUCACCAUAUUUACAAGCUACUGAGCAAACUAUUCAAAAAGCUUAUGGCGAGUCCUAA